AUGACUACUCAUAAAGCACAAGGACAGACUAUUGAGCGCACCAUUGUGGAUUUUGAAGGCUGCACUGGAACAGAGGCUCCCUAUGUUAUGCUGUCUCAUGUGACCUCACUAGAUGGAUUACUGGUGCUCCAUCCUUUCAAUAAAAAGAAGAUUUGUUGUCGUCAGAGUGAGGAUAUGCAUAUGGAAACCAAACACCAGGGUGUACUUGCGCAGCAGACACUUAUCGACCAUACAACAGAUGAAGAUGAACGGUCACAGGCAAUAUUACAUUUGUGA